GAAUAGUAUGGAGGUCAGAGCCAGAGCGCCUGGGAAAAUCAUACUCGCCGGCGAGCACGCCGUCGUUCACGGAUCCACCGCCGUCGCCGCCGCCAUCGAUCUCUACACUUAUGUAUCUCUCCGCUUCCCCACUCCCGAGGAUAACGACGAUGCACUAAAACUCCAGCUCAAGGAUGUGGACUUGGAAUUUUCUUGGCCAGUUGGAAAGCUUAAGGAAGUUCUGCCUGAACUGGGCGGCAAGUCUGCUUCCUCACCUUCAUCAUGUUCAUUAGAGACCGCAAAAGCAAUUGAUGCAUUAGUUGAAGAGCUAAAUUUAGCAGAUGCUAAGAUUGGACUUGCUUCAGGAAUUUCAGCUUUCCUUUGGCUGUAUACAUCAAUUCAUGGUAAUAAGCCAGCUAAAGUUGUUGUCAAUUCUGAGCUACCAUUAGGCUCUGGCUUGGGUUCGUCUGCUGCUCUUUGUGUUGCACUGUCUGCUGCCCUCCUUGCACUAUCUGAUUCUUUGAAACUUGAUUUUAGCCAUCAAGGUUGGCAAACAUUUGGGGACAGUGAACUAGAUCUGGUAAACAAAUGGGCAUUUGAAGGUGAAAAGAUGAUCCAUGGGAGGCCAUCUGGGAUAGACAAUACAGUAAGCACCUUCGGAAACAUGAUAAAAUUUAGGUCUGGCGAACUCACACGUAUCAAGACGAAUAUGCCUUUGAAGAUGCUCGUUACUAACACGAAAGUUGGAAGAAAUACAAGAGCAUUGGUAGCUGGUGUGUCAGAAAGGGCAGCGAGGCAUGGUGGUGCCAUGACCUCUGUAUUUAAAGCUGUUGAUUCUAUCAGCAAUGAGGUGGCUGCCAUCAUCCAGUCACCAGUUUCUGAUGAUCUUGCUAUAACUGAGAAAGAGGAAAAACUAGGGGAGCUGAUGGAGAUGAAUCAGGGAUUACUCCAGUGCAUGGGAGUCAGCCACGGUUCUAUCGAGACUGUGAUCAAAACUACGUUAAAAUACAAGCUAGCCACUAAACUAACAGGAGCUGGUGGAGGAGGCUGCGUUCUCACACUGCUACCUACUCUAUUAGCAGGAACGGUGGUUGACAAAGUAAUUGCAGAGCUAGAAGAAAGUGGAUUCCAAUGUUUGAUCGCCGGAAUAGGUGGAAGAGGCAUGGAGAUUAGCUUUAGUGGUUUCUCUUAACAUAGCCCAGAAGCAACACCCAAAUGUAAGAUCUGUACCUCAAUCUUCAAAUAAUAAUUUGCAGAUCAAAUCAUUCUAUCCUUUUUUUUA